AUGAAGAUAAAGAAAAGGUAUUACGGCGAAACACUCGUGCUUUCAAGAGAUCCAUGGGAAAAAGGCAUCAACUGGACAUAUGAAAACCAGUUCUUGAGGCUGCAUCCAUGGGAAAAAGGCAUUACGGCGGAACACCCGUGCUUUCAAGAGAUCCAAAUCUGGAUUCAAGCGUGGAAUAUCCCCAUUCAUUGGGUAUCCACAGAAGUGGGAGUUAAAUUUGGCAGAAUAUUUAAAAGAACCAUAGAUGUCUCUGUCCCUCAAGUCGGCCCUCUGGCAGGGAAAUGCUUAAGACUUAAGGCGGUUAUAGAUGUGAAUCAACCCUUGCUCAGGUGCACAUACUUGAAAAUGGGGGAGACCAGAAUUCAAAUCCAAUUCAAAUACGAGAGGCUGGUAAAUUGCUGUUUCUAUUGUGGAUACCUGGGACACCUUGACAAAAGCUGUGAAAAAAGAGCAACUGACAUUGCCAAUGGAUGUCUUGCAAAAGGCCUCUAUGGGGAAUGGUUGAAAGCGCAGGAUAUAGUGUACUACUCAACUCAGAGUGCGACUUUCAACAACAUCAACUCCAGAGAUUCUUCUCAAUCCCCAAAUGCAUCCUCUUAA